AUGGGAAACAGUUCAAGCAGACCAAUAAUCUGUAAUGAACACGACGAAACAGUCUCGCCUUCGUUGCGUUUCUCCAGACAAAGGGAAAUGGUAGUGGCCAGUAUUUUCACCAACUUAAGUACAAUUAUGAUCUUCCCGUCCGAGCACUCGUUCGAUCGCUAUAAGAAGUCCGGCCGAAAAAUCCGGAUCCAAAGCAACCUUGAAAACGAUGGCCUUGGAGUGCCACUUUUGGAAUGCGACGAUAAGUUUCUCUCUCAGACAGUUUCCGGGGCAAGUAAGCCGCGGUACAGGAUAUACAAGAAUGUACUUCAACCGGAAGCACAGAAGCCCCCACAUCCUAAUUGCAGCAUUGUGUGUGAGGACAAAACACGGGCGAUUUACAGAAUGCCGUUUUGCGAAGUGUACAAAGAAAUUCGUGGCACCAGAACCAGCUACAGAUAUGUGUUCUACACUCCGGAUGGACUCCAGGAAGUCCUUUUGAAAAGACACCGUUUCUCGCAGAACAUGGACACGAGACUUGGAGAAUGGAAUGUUGGGUGGCGACUCAGGGGAAGUGGAGAUUUCGACCUAAAAGUGAUUCCUGCGAAUAUGCCCACGUUGCUGGAGGAUAAGGAAAUCCGAAAGGCCAAGAAAGCGAGUAGCACGCGCGAAGAUGCUACGGAUGCGAUACUAUGGGCCAAGUACCUGGAAAACAGCGGUUUGUCGAUGCCCCAAAUGGUACGUAAGCGGGUGAGUUUGCACGUUGGCGAGACGAGUUUCGAAACGGACGCAGCCGCAUAUGGUUUGAUAGGCGUUCCGUGGUUCUCACAAGUUAUUGCGUGCAUGGGAAUGGUGUUGUGCUUUUUGGAAACGGAGGAACGACUGCAGAGCACGUGA